AUGGCGCCCAAUCUUUUUCUCUGUCUCCGGACUAUCUGUUGUCCAGUCUAUUGGUUCCAGCGACGCGAACGCGUUCACUCGCUUAACAUCGAGGAACACUGGGACAGCCCCGUUCCGGGAACGUAUAAAUACACGCCUGGUCGCGGCUGGUAUCUCGUCCACCGCGAUGGCCACGUUUCUCCAGAAAAGGAACCGGUCCGACUGGUUUACUGUCGCAUCCUUCACCGACAUCUUCUCGAACACGAAAUGGAAGAAAGAUGCCGCUGGGAGUCGGUUACAGUUCGUGAAGGCAGCAAACCGGAGAAGUUCAUGUUCUUCUUACUUGACGACGGCUUUACCUGGGUUACUGGAUGGGAUUCCAGGGGAAACUUCAUCCCCGGUCCGUACCGGAAAUGGUGCUUCGACCCGGAGACCAACGCGAUGCGUCGGAUGAAGAGUUGUGAAAGCUCAAAUGUUUCCCGAUUGAGCAGCAUUGUUCCAGAAAAGUGA